AUGAGUACUGAGGACCGGCAUAUCCUCAACAAACAGGAGGUAAACGGAGCGGUAUGGGGUAUCAGCAAGUUAUGGAAUUCCGCCAUGGAGCAAUACGGCGAGCCGAUAGCUCACUACUGUGUCAGUGUUGGAUAUUCAAUCUAUUUGCGACUCACAUUUAUUAAUGUGAUGAUAUUUCUUCUCAAAUACGUGCCAACGGGAUUCUACAUGUACAAGUUCAUUAGAGACAUGUACGUGACUUCCCGGGAGAGAAUAAAACAGAAACAAAACGAGAUAGAAGACAUUCAACUCCAGAUUCAGAUAGUGAAUACGAAGCUAUGUGUACGGGAUGCGGAGUUUGCUGAGCGAGCAGAGCAGUUGCGGCGCGGCGCCGAGAAACUGCGGCGCGUCCGGGCGCGAGUACGCGAGGUGAUCGCGGCCGACGACACUGUGCGCCGCGCCAUCGACAAUGCCGUCAUCUGGGACGCUGACAACGACUUGCACAUGCACUGCGCUCCUCACGAGGAAGACCGAGAAUUCAUGAUGGAAUUGUUAAAGGAGUUGAAGUACGACCACAUGGUGAACCCCGAAAGGCAGUCAGAGAAGAAAGAGUGUGGAGAGCGUGCACCCACAGACCCCACAACGCCGGACAACAGCGUGUACUCCUCGCUCAGCGACGCCGACGUUAGACAAGAUUGUCGAGUGAAGAUUUUAAAAGUUACCAACGUGUAUAAGGUUGCUUAUCUUAAGCAUUAUAUUAAACAGAAAAGAUUGCGAAGAGCCACCAAGCAAGCUAUGUUGAAAAAGAAAAUGGAGAGUAUUAAGAAACUAUUAGAAGAUUGGCAAAAGACCCUUAACAUGGUGAUCAACAGUAAGCUGACUAUUCUGAACUUGGACCCACAUCCAAUGGACGUGGCGUCGCAGGAAGCCAUGGGGGAUUAUUCCAAGCCCCACAACUCAUCCGACUCGGAUAGCGAUUUCAGAAAUAGUUGUACAGAUGUGCGUUACGACGAAUACAGUUUAAGCUGGGCCGAAAAUCCUUACAAGCCGUAUGCAUAUAACUAUGAGGACGUCGCUGAAGCUAACAGAGACUACUACGACACGCAGGACUUUGGCGACGUGAAGCCGAUGUUUUCGUGCGAACGCGGGAAGAUGCCGAACAUGAUGUCAAUCAUCGAGGAGACCAACAGUCAGAUAGCCAUCGAAGAGAUAAAGAGGAGGGAACAGAGAAUCUACUUAUUUAGUUGA